AUGGCUCCCCGUAUUGUUCUUAUCCGGCACGCCCAAGCGCUGCACAACGUCAACAAGGAAUAUGACAUUCACGACCCCCCUCUGACCGAGCUCGGCGUGGAGCAGUGUGCCCUCCUCCGCCAGAGUCUCCGCGACCGGUUUGCUUCUCUUCCGCUGGAGCUAGGCGAGGUGGCAAUCAUUGCAAGCCCCAUGAGGAGGACCCUGCAAACUGCCCAACUUUCCUUGGACUGGCUUGUAGAUCGAGGGAUCAAGAUAGUUGCGAACGCAGACUGGCAAGACAUCAUUGAUGUGCUUUUGACAAACAAUAUUCUGACCCAGAGUCGAUCAGAAAACUCGGAUAAGCCUUGUGAUACCGGAUCGCCCAUUCCUGAUAUCUCCGCCGAGUUCCCUUCCGUGAACUAUGAUUCCCUUGACCCCAUUUACCCCGACAAGACGAGCGCUGAGGCAACUCGCUAUGCCCACACGCGCAGCUCAAUCCUGUCCCGCGGAAAGCGUGGCCUAGCUGAUCUCUAUUCUCGCCCGGAAAAGAUCAUCUUUGUUGUUAGCCACUCUGGAUUUCUUCGGGUGGGUGUUGUGGGAUGGUGGUUCGCCAAUGCCGACUACCGUUUAUUUGACUUUGUUGCCGAGAAGGAGGGCGACGGGCAGUUUAACUUGACCCAGGAUGAGACCACACUGGCCGGAGGACUGGGACUUUCACGAACAUCGCGGGCUACGUUGGGCGAGGAUCUGCCUGAAGCUGGCCCAAGCAAGGAGAGCUCAGGACAAGUCGUGUAG